UGUGAACCUUUUUUAAUUAUUUUUUUUUUUAGCCUUUUAUUAUUCACCAAUUUCGACCUCUCGUAGUGUGGAAGCCAUGAAAGGGUUUAGUUUCCUGACUAUCUGGGUGUCUUUGUUGCUGCUGGAAAGCUCAUCAUGUGCCAGUGACUCAAGUGUUGCGAAUCCCUGUUGCUACUACCCUUGUCAGCACUCAGGAGUGUGUGUGAGAUUUGGGACAAACCGCUAUGAAUGUGACUGCUCUCGCACUGGUUUCUACGGGGAAAACUGCACUAUUCCGGAGUUCUGGACCCGCAUUCGCCGCAUGCUAAAGCCCAGCCCUUCGGUGGUUCACUACCUCCUGACACACUUCAAGUGGUUCUGGGACCUGGUCAACAGCUCUUUCCUGCACGAUAUAUUUAUGAGAUAUGUGCUGACAGUCCGAAGUGACCUUAUUUCAAGCCCUCCGACCUACAAUACUAAGUAUGGAUACCUUAGCUGGGAGUCCUACUACAACACCUCCUACUACACCCGGCUUCUACCUCCUGUACCUAAAGACUGCCCUUUGCCCAUGGGAACUAAAGGCAAACCUGUUCUCCCUGAUCCCAAAGUGUUGGCGGAGCGUUUCUUUAAGAGAAAGCAGUUCAGGCCAGAUCCUCAGGGAACCAAUCUGAUGUUUGCCUUCAUGGCGCAACAUUUCACCCAUCAGUUCUUCAAGACAGACCAUGCAGUUCAGGGAGGCUUCACCAAGGCUCUAGGACACGGAGUAGAUGCGAGCAAUAUAUAUGGAGACAAUCUCGUGCGACAGCAUCAACUACGGCUUCAUACAGAUGGAAAGCUGAAAUAUCAGUUAGUAAACGGUGAGGUGUACCCCCCUAAAAUAUCUGAUGCCCCUGUGCACAUGCUGUAUCCUGAAAAGUUCCCUCAAGAGCAGCGUCUGGCCAUCGGUCAGGAGGUUUUUGGCAUGCUGCCGGGUCUCACCAUGUAUGCGACCAUAUGGCUGAGGGAGCAUAACAGGGUCUGUGACAUCCUGCAGGCAGAACAUCCUACCUGGGACGAUGAGCAGCUCUUCCAGACUGCCAGACUCAUCAUCAUAGGGGAGAUCAUCAACAUUAUAAUAGAGGAGUACGUGCAGCAGUUGAGCGGUUACAUGCUGAAGCUGACGUUCGAUCCCCCCCUGCUCUUCACCUCACGUUUCCAGUACAGCAACCGCAUCGCCCUGGAGUUCUGCCAGCUCUAUCACUGGCACCCACUGAUGCCUGACAGCUUCCUCAUUGACGGAGAUGAUAUCCCGCACACCCAGUUUUACUACAACACCUCACUCCUCAUGCAUUACGGAGUGGAGAAAAUGGUCGAUGCUUUCUCUCGACAGCCUGCAGGACAGAUAGGUGGAGGUCACAAUAUUCAUGAAUUAUUGCUCAAAGUGGCAGAAAUGGUCAUCAGAGAGUCUAGAGCAGUGCGUGUGCAGCCUUUCAAUGAAUACAGGAAGAAGUUCAACCUCAAGCCAUACCGCUCCUUCUAUGAAUUCACUGAUGAUGUAGAAAUGGCCGAAGGUUUAGAGGAGCUUUACGGUGACAUAGAUGCUUUGGAGUUCUACCCCGGCGUCCUACUGGAGAAGGCCCGUACUAACGGUAUAUUUGGUGAGAGUAUGGUAGAGAUGGGAGCUCCCUUCUCCCUGAAAGGCCUGAUGGGAAACCCUAUCUGCUCCCCUGACUACUGGAAGCCCAGCACCUUUGGGGGAGAGACGGGCUUCAAUAUCGUCAAAACCUCCACUUUGAAGAAACUGGUGUGCCUCAACACCAAGUGGUGUCCUUACGUGGACUUCCAUGUUCCACGAAAUGAAGAGGAGGCAAAACCAAGGAAACCUUCAACAGAGCUUUAAUGAUUUUACUAAUAUUGUCUUGCAGUUUAUUGGGGGACGGCUGUGGCUCAGGAGAUAGGGCGUUCGUCCACCAAUCGGAAGAUUCCCAGCUCCUCCAGUCCACAUGUACCUUAACCCAAAUUACUCCUGAUGGCUGCGCCAAUGGUGUAUGAAUGUGUGUGAAUGGUUAGUCUCCAUCUGAUGAGUUGAUGAUGAUGAUGGUCGGCACCCUGCGUGGUAGCCCCAUCAGUAUAUGAAUGGUGUAUGAAGGUGUGUAAAUGGGUGAAUGUGACCUAUUCUGUUUGCUCAUACGAGUGUUCCUACUGAACGUGUCGUAAAUUGUUCGUUUUAGCCUGAUGAAUACCACCUGUUCAUGAGAAAGUACAUGUAAUAAUUAGCAUAACCCACGCCCCUAAAAUUGCCAUAUAAGGCUCUAUAUUCUGCUUACACCUGCGGCAAAUUUCAUGUACAAAAAAGUCCCCAAAGAGUAAAAACACAUCUUCAAGUCCUGCUUUCAGGAAUCAGCAGACAAACACAAAUAUGAAAAGCUGCUAACAACAUGUCAUCAGAGAAGCUCUGUACUGUGACGUUUGGUCUGUGUCAAUAGACACAAGUCUUAGUUCGGUUAAUAUUACACCCAAUAAAUGUUUUUAGAGGCUGUUUCAGAUCAAAUGUGAGAAAACUGUUACUGAGGACUUUCACUGGUGCAGUUUGGGGAUUAAGUGGCACCAGAGUCAUAAUAAUAAACCAGGGAGGCCUAAACAAACCAGUCUGACUAGAUUCAACCAGGACUAGAUCCCUGACUGGCUUCCCGCCUGCUUACUUCCACUUAAUUUGGUUAUAAUGGCUGCCUAAUGAGGUGAUACAUUGUUGUUUUGGCUAAAUGUGAAUAAAAACGCUCUGUCUUGUGCUUCUUGUCAAUAAAGAUGUUUUUCUUUCUCCAAGUUUAAAGGACACGUUUGCAAUUUCAUAGGCACUGAGAAAAAGCUUCAGAUGUCAGUUGUCCUGAAAUAAAUUGGGUU